AUGCGGCGGAUCUCACAAGGUCAACGUGUGUAUAUGCAACAGUUGAGCAAAUAUCUGACGGGUGAGGCCUUGGGCGAGGCACUGAAGGUCAACGGGUCCGUCACAGAAAUAUAUUUGGGAUGCAACCAUGUUGGUGACGAGGGGGUCAAGGCCUUAGCCGAGGCACUGAAGAUAAACGCAUCCGUCACAGACAUCGAUUUGAGAUGCAACCAGAUUGGUGCCGAGGGCGCCAAGGCCUUGGGCGAGGCGCUGAAGACAAAUGCGUCCGUCACGAACAUCAAUUUGCGGGACAACAAGAUCGGCGACGAGGGCGCCAAGGCCUUGGCCGAGGCGCUGAAGACAAACGGGUCCGUCACGAACAUCACUUUGGAUAAGAACCAGAUUGGCGACGAGGGGGCCAAGGCCUGGUGUGUGGUGGGCUCUGCUGAAUGCCGCGGUCCCUACCUGAUCCAUGACGAAGCCUCCACGCCCUCCGAUGUCCUCCUGCAGGCGAAAGCCGAGGCACGGCGCAUGCGCUCCACCAUAUCGCUGUCCAAAGCAAGUCUUCCGGGGAAAGCCUUGUCCAGAGGAGGGCCAUCUCUUGGAUCCACCCACUUCUCCUCGCGGAUGCACAACAGUAGCACCUCCAUUGGAGAACUUCAGGAGUCCGUGGACACGGUGCAGACAUUGGUGAGCCCAUUCAGCUCUGUCGAUGAUGACAGUGAACUACUUCUUGAGCAUUCAGAGAUGAUUUUGCAGCACUGGAAAAAGGAGGGCCAACCCAAGUUGUGGCUUGUGGACAAGAUCCUUGGUAGCCCGAAGAGUGAUGCUUCCCUGACCUUUGAUGCAGGUGUGGAUCACACUCUGACCUCUGCGUCGAUGGUCCUCUUCAAGGUGGAGAAUGAUGCCUAUGGCACUGGAGCUCCAAAGCACGAGGAGGAGGAGGAAAAGUUCACCGUGGGGGAUGCCGUUCAGCUGAUCGCUGGGGGCACGGUCAUCGGUGCUGUUGCGGAGGACAUGCUUCGAAAGCUGAAGAACACCGGCCCCCGGUCCGGUCUGUCCCGGAGCUAUAUUGAGACCUGCGAGCGUUUCGGCAAGCUGGCUGACAAGGUGAAGGAAGUGUUCGAACAAAUGGAGGAGAUCGCCAAGUUCGAGGUGGGCUGUGACGGCUGUGACGUGCACCAAGCUGAUGAUGCUGGAUGA